AUGGUGGUGGCCAAUCAGGUUUUGGAACGCGGAGGACGCGUACUGGUUUUGGACAAGGCGCCGUUCUGUGGUGGGAACUCGGCCGAAGCUACUGCUGGCAUCAGCUUCCCAAAGUCACAGGACGAUGCUAACACAAGCUUCCGGGACGAUGUAAAAGCCUUUGGGCGGAGCACUGCCGCGUUGGCUGAAAUUUUGGGUCGAAACAGCUUGCCUGACAUGAGCUGGCUGGUGGACCAAUUCGACUUGAACUUCUCCGUGGUUGCUAAGCAUGCUGGGCAUUCACAUCCACGGACCUGCAGGACUGGGGAUGGCAUGCCUGGCGUGACAAUUACCUGCGCCCUGAUCCAGCGUGUUGAAAAGGUUGCGGAGGUGUCGGAUAGAGCCCGGGUCGUCACAAAAGCUGAAGUCUCAAGAUUUCUUUGCCGGCAAGGCAAUGUAGAAUGCUGUGAGUGCCAGAAGUUUGGGAGAAGCAGCAAAGUGUAUGGCCCGGUCAUCCUCUGCACAGGUGGCUUUGCUGCAGGCGCCGGUCCUGGGUCAGUGCUUGCAAAGUACCGGCCUGACCUUAUGAACUUGCCAACAGCAAGCGCAGAGCAUUGCACCGGCGACGCGCUCAAGCUGGGUGAAGACGUCGGCGCAAAGACUCUGGACAUGGAGUGGGUGCAACUUCACCCCACAGGGAUCGGAUCACGCAUUUGCCAUGAAGUGGCAAUUCCGCUCAACAGGAUACCCGUGCAGAAGCAGGUGGAAGUGCCCACGCAGAAGCUUUCCGCCGCACGCUUAGGGGUGCUGCCAGCUCCGGAG